CAAAGCGGAAACACAAGACCGUGGCACCCAGAGCAAGUAGGCUACCUCACUCCCACGUGACAAGGCAUUUCCGGGACUCCUCUAGGCUUCCGGCGGAGUGAGGACUAGGCGCUAUUAAGUCGUGUUCGCUUUCAGGGCUCAUCCGUUGCUAGAGACCGGGUCUUCCUGGCGGUACAGGACCGGCGGGACAGUUGCUGAGUGGCUGGGCUGAGACUGCACAAGGAAAGGAAGUGGGGAGUCAGCUGGAGGUGGUUGUCAAGACGCCACCAGCAACACAGCCUGCCUUUUCCGGUUGGGCGCCCAUCCACUCACCGGUAACGCCGGAGCUGCGCGUCUGGUAUCCUCAUGAAGAAGAUUUCCUCACUGAUUUUGUACCAAACCUGAAGGGGCCUCAGUUGUCAAAGGUGGCACCAGCGGAUUGUCACACACAGGAGUAAAAUUGUUCCUAGAGCAGUAUGAUGAUGGGAAUUCUCAAAGUGGCUGCAUGCUGGAACCCCCAGAUGAGGCCUGUGUUGGAGACUAAGGGAUGUGUGAAAGAGAGCUCCAGUCAGAAUAAGAAAUUCACCCCACAGACAAAUAGUCUUGAUCCUGAGAGCUCUCGCCGGUACUUCCGGAGCUUCUACUAUCCUGAAGCAGUUGGACCCCUCCAGACUAUCAGCCAACUUCAGGAAUUAUGCCAUCGGUGGCUGAGGCCAGAGCUCCACUCCAAAGAGCAGAUCUUGGAACUGCUGGUGCUAGAGCAGUUCCUGACCAUUCUGCCCAGGGAGCUCCAGACCCAGAUACAGAAGCAUCAUCCACAGAGCAUCAAGGCAGCUGUGGCCCUGGUUGAAGACUUUCAUAGAGAAUCUGGUCAAAGGAGGAAUGAGAGUUUGUUGACCUUUGAAGAUGUGGCCCUGAAUUUUUCCCAGGAAGAAUGGGAAUUAUUGGACCCCACUCAGAAGGACCUCUACAACGAUGUGAUGCGGGAAAUCUAUGAGACUGCCAUCUGUCUUGGGUUAAAACUCCAAAAUGACACUGGAAAUAAUUGGACUACAUCUCUUUAUGAGGUAGAAAUACAAGCGCCAGGAGGCAGAGUAUCAAAAAAGGCCAAAGUGAAAGCUCCACAGAAAACAACUGGUAAAGAAAAUCAUGGUGAUACAAGCACGGUGAGGAAACGGCAUCAGAAUUUUCCAGGGAAGAAAAGGAAGAAACAUUCGACGUGUAAACAAGAGGUGCCAAAAUGUACAGAUCUUCACAACAAAGGCCACUCAGGGGAGAAACCUUUUAAAUGCCAGCAUUGUGGGAAAAGCUUCAGAGUGAUGUCUGACCUUAUUAAUCACCAGAGAAUUCACACUGAAGAGAAACGCUAUAAAUGUCAACAGUGUGAUAGGAGGUUUAGAUGGAGUUCAGAUCUUAGUAAGCACUUAAUGACACACCAAGGAAUAAAGCCACAUAAAUGUUCAUGGUGUGGGAAAAGCUUCAGUCAUAACACAAAUCUCCACACACACCAAAGAAUCCACACAGGAGAGAAACCCUUUAAAUGUCAUGAAUGUGGAAAAAGAUUCAUUCAGAACUCCCAUCUCAUUAAACACCAGAGGACCCACACAGGUGAGCAGCCCUAUUCUUGUAUCAUAUGCAAGAGAAACUUUAGCAGGCGUUCAAGCCUUCUGAGACACCAGAAACUCCACAGUGCAAGGGAAGCUUGUCCCGUGUCCCCAGUGUGAAUAAAGUCACUAUAUGUAGCUUGACCCUAGAAAGGGUAAAGUAAUAUAAAAUCAUAAAUCAUCAAUGAUAGGACUCUCAUCACUGGGAAAUUUAGGAGGGCUAAUGCCAUGCUUCACUGAUAGGAACCCAAGUUGUGUGUCUCAUUCAGCAUUGUAUCAUCAGUGCCUAGAACAAGAAUGAUACAUAUUAAGGCCUUUAUAAAUAAAUGGAUGAAAGCAUAUCUGUCAGAUAUCUAUAUAUGUAUACCUUAUCUGUAUGUACAUAUAUCCACCCAUCCAUAUCUGAAUACUCAGAGGUUUCUCAUGCUCAGUGAUCUACAUUUUUAAGGUAUCAGGUCCUUGGUAAAUAUAUGAUAGCCAUCAAGACCUCAUCUUGUUCUCUGCCAGGAGAGAUGAAAGAGUAUUCAGGUCCCCUGAAGGGAGUUCAGAGGGAAUUACUAUGUUGGGGGCAGUUUCUAUGGCUAUCUUUCUAUCUACAUUAACAGUCAAGGCCAGUGUGUAGGGAAUUUUAGUCUGGAACAGGAAGAGAAUAUUCCCUUUUUGGUCCAGGAGAAGCACCUCCUCUCUAUUUGCCUCUCCCUCCAGCAUCUGUCCCCGUAAUAUCUGCUAUACAGGAAUUCCAAGCAGCAAAGGCCUGAAUGCUAAGGCAGAUCUAGAGACCUUGUAAGCACUUGAUGUAGCUCUUUCCACUGAUCCUCUCAACACUGAGAUAUAGAAAGAAAUGAUGAGAGAGGAAGUCUGAGCCCUCAUCCAGGUAUCCAUCUCUUUGUAGAAGGUGCAGAACAGUGGUAAAUGGCCUUUCUUUGACUUGCAUUAUAUGGACUGGAGGCUUUGAAAUUGGUACCACACUCCUCCAGGUCUGAAAGGGGGCCCAUUUUUAUGGCAGUUCAGCCAGUGUUCCGUAUACCUGACUGCUCUGUGGAAAGAUCUGAAGGUUCUUCAAAACUGUUUAUUGAGAAUGGCAAGGAUAGCUGUGUGGCACUGUAGCCUCAGUAGACAUCUGAUAGCAGGAGGAAACUUUCAGAAGUGUCAGAGCAAAUGAAAGCAUUUGGCCUAGAGUGAUAGCACAGUCAAAGCCAGGAUAGAGGGAAACUGUUUUAUGUUGUUGGUGGCUUUCUUCUCUUCCCCAUCCACUUCAGUGGCUAUCUCCUAUGAAAAAUCAAUGCGGUAUUAAGGAAAGAGCAGGGAAGUUGGAACACAUGGAUAUAUAUUUGCUCUGUGAGUUUUGCAUUUAUGGUCAAGAGUUUUAUUUAUUAUUUCAUAAAGUUUAACUUUUAUAAAAGUGACAUGUUUUAUAAUAAACAUAAAACUGUGUUAUCAAAUUGCUCAGUGAUGGCCCAUGUUUACUUUCUUGGAGUAAAUGUCUUCAUGUUUUUUUCUACCAUGAGACCUCUCUAAGACUAUUUUCAGGUCUAUAAAAUGGGGACAAUAUUUAACUACCUCUCGGGGCUGUCUCCCACAUUGACUGGCCACAGUAGGUGUUCCAUAAACAUUUGUAACAUUCUUUAUCUUUCAGGUAGUUAUUAAAAAGAAACCAUGUCUACUUGUCCAGCUUCCAAGCAGCCUUGAUAAAUGGAUUUUCCAUCAUUUCUGGCUGGUUUUUAUACCUGUUAAUGAUGGUCAGAAAUUUUUUUUUCCUCCUCCUUUGAUUAGAUGAAUAAGGUAGCCUUCUGGCAUUAC